CCGCCACCACCGGCGUGACUGACCAAAACAAACACACACAGACGAUCUUAUCCCUCAUCCUCACACUUAUCUUAUUUUUUCCCCUUUUCUCCUCAUAUAUAAGUUUCACUGGGUCUGCUUCCUUGUCUGAAAUCAUGGUGACUCAAGAUGCAUCAGUUGUGCCCAGAGUGAAUAAGGUGAAAAUGAAAAAGAUGAAAAAGAAGAAAUCAAAGAAGAAAAUGAAGGGAGCAGAGAACCUUGACUCUGAGAGUGAAGCAGACAAGGUGGAUUUGAAUGAGAAGAUCUAUCCGUUGUCACACUACAUCUUGGAUCAGGAUGAGCUGGUCAAUCAAAUGUUCCUGACUAUACGUGGGUCUAAGCUGGAGGCCAUGCUUCCCCCGGUGCUCAAGAGCAUUCCUGUGAAAGAACUCAAGAGGCUGUGUCUUCAUGAGUUGCGAGGAAUGAGCAAGAAAAGGAUCUUGUGUUGCAUUAAUGGUCAGGUGAUGGAAGGUUCAUCCGGCAGUGAGGAUGAGGAAGAAGAAAAGGAAGAUGCCAAUGAGGAACCAAACCAUAACGAAGCCAACUCAAAAGGAGAAAAGAGGAAGCCAAGUGAUGAACAACCCCCUGACUACCUGCAGAAGAAGAUCAAAGUGGAGCCUGGCACAGAGGACAGCACAGGGAGCAGAGAAAAGAGCGUCCUAGAACUACUGGAGUUAGAGAUGAGGGCGCGGAUUAUCAAGACCAUGCUGGAGAAGGGCGACGAUGGGAAGAAAAUAACAGAGGAUGCCAUUGCCGCUGUGAUGAAAAGUGCCAAGAAGAUAACCAGUGAAGGCACAGCAGGAGGAAGUGAGGAGAUGGCAAGUACAGUGGUUGACUCCAAGGAUGAUUCACAGAAGCUGGAUAAAGAGACAGGGAAUGAGGACGAAGCUGCAGAGGAGAGGAGCAGGGGAAGGAGGAGAGGUGAAGGCAGGAGAGGAGAGAGGAAGGGACAUCGUGACUCGGCACAUGACGGCAGGAGGGGUUCGGGUGGAAGGUCACAGAGGAGGAGAGAUGGGAACUACAGUGAUGAUGGCAGCCGUGGGAGGAGUUCCAGAAAGCAAAGGGAGUCUGAUGCAUCAAAAGCACACAUCACAAAGAAGAAGAAAAUCACACGAAAGGAGUUUGAGGAGAGGAUGAAACGUGCAAAGAAGAACAGGACUUACCGCCAACGUAAGUCUUCAGAGGAUGAGGAAAAAGCAAAAGAAAAUGAGGACAAAGUUGAAAACACAAAGGAAGAUAAGGAUGACAAGGAUGAAAAAACUGAAAAUAAAACUGAUAAAGAACCAGAUGCUCCUGCUGAAGGGAACAGCAUUCAGGAGAAGGCAGAUGGGGAGGGGGAGGUCUCGGAGAAAGAAGAAGGUGAAAUUGAUAGCAAUGAAGAAGAGGAAGGAGCUUGUAGUCCCAGUGAUAUUUCAAGUGCUAGCAGGUACUCCUCCUCAAGAAGCAGUAGUAGAAGUUGGUCAAGAAGCUACAGCAGAAGCCUUUCCAGGAGUCCUUACAGGGGGCGGCAGAGGAGAAAUAGCAGGAGGACUAGGAGCAGGAGCAGGAGCAGGAGCAGGAGCAGAAGCAGAAGCAGGAGGAGGAGAAGGAGUUACUCUCGAAGCUACAGUCGGUCAAGAACCCCUGAAAGGAGACGCAGAGGUGACCACCAACCAAGGAGUUUUGAGAGGAGAGGUCGAGAAUCACCCAAGCCCAACAGUAAGAAGGACGUCAAGAAAACAUCCCCGGAGGAUAUCAGUCCGAGCCGGGAGGAGGACUGGGGACACAAGUGUGAUAUUGAAUUUGUGGAUUCUGAGGAAGAUUUUGAUGACAACCCUGAGUCUACAAAGAAGGACUCUGGAGCUCAGAAGACGCUGCCAGUGAACCGGAAUGAGAGAGCAAGCAUCAGUUUCUCCCUGCAGAAAAAGCCGGUUGGCAUCGCACAAAGUGUGGAUCUAGAUGACCUGCCGCUGAAGAAGAAGCAGAUGAGUGAUGGCAUUGAGGCUCUCAGUACUGUCAAGCCAGCCAUCACAAAGAGUGAGGAAAUAGUCAUUAGUUCAGACAGUGAAGCAGAGAUGCAGUCCUCCACACAGAGGAAGAAGCCGUCAGAACAGCUUGCUAGUGGUGCUGGUGAUUCUAAACUAUUUCAUCUUAAAAAGACAGAUGAGUCACCUGUUAAGGAAAAUAUAAGUUUACAGUCAGAUCAAGAAAAGAAAUGUAUCAAGAAGGCUGUCGAUUCUGAGACUAAAGGUAAAGAAAGCACAAAAGAGACUAUGGAAGGGACUACUGAAGACAUGGGGAUAUCAAGUGGGCUGAAUCAGGAAACAAAUAAAGAAAAGAAGAGCAGUGAUGGAGCUGAUGAAAAGGAGGAAGCUAAGAAGGGAAAACAAGCUGUGGAAAAUGUAGAUAAAGCUGAUAUUGCUGUUGGUGUCAAUAAAGGUGAAUCUCCUGGCAAUGAUUCAAGAGAUAGCGAAAACACAGAUGACUCAGGAAAUGUGGAGUCAGACAGUGACAACGGACCUGUAAAUCGAAAAUCAAGUACCAGGAAACAGAAUAUUCCUUGUGAUAAUGAACCAGUGAAAAGAAACACAAGAAAGUCAAGUACAGAGUCCAUUGAUGGUGCCAGCAUUGUAUCGAGAGCAGAGUGUAAAGAGAAAGGUGUUGAUAAUUUGGCAAAGGAUAAAAUACAGAACAUUGAUGCAGCAGAUAAUUCAGGGGUCAAAGAUGUUGGGGGAGUGGAUGAUGAUGCCUCAGAGAGAAGUGAAAGAAAAGGAACUGAUAGUGAACUGAAUGUUGAUAAUGAAGAAAGCUCAGACAGGGAAACAAGACAGAAUAUUGAACAAAGAGAGAAUGUAAAGGAUAAGCCUAGUAUCCAACCAUCAGAGGAAGAGGAGGAGGAAAGAGAUUUAAAAGUGACAGAUUCUGAUCAGACUGUAAAUGUUAAGCUCUUUAAGGGGAAAAGAGUGAAGAAGAAAGUAGGAGAUGCUUCUGUAUUCCUCAAAACAAAGCAGAAAGUAGAGCAAAGUGAAAUCUUGACCACCAGUGAGCAGAAAGAUGAUGAACCUGAAAGCAAAGAGGUUACUUCCAUAUUUGAAGGUCAGAGUGAGGAAGAAUUUUAUCGAGGGACAGAAAGAUUUAGUGAGGAUGAAAAGGAUAAGGAAGACACAGAUGGAAGAAGACCCAUUAAAGAAAAGGCUCCCAAUGAUUCCUUGAGGGCAGAGGCAGGAUUCACACGCAGGCAAGUAAAGACUCACCAGAAGAUUGAAAUGGUCAUGCCAGAGAGGUCGUGGAUGAAAAGAGGCAGAAGGAAAGAAGAAAAAGCUAAGGGUUUCUUGGGAAUGGAAAGAUUUGGGUUAAUAAAAAGUGCACAAGCUGAAAGUGCUCAUAGUCCUUCCCAGGAAAGUGAGCUGGAGGCAGAGACCAGUCAGAGCACUAGAGCACAGAAAUCCACAGAGGUUGAGCAAAUACAAGCCCACAGUCCAGCAUUGGUGAGUGACGUGGAGAAUUCCCAGACAGCCGAGGAAUCUGGAUGGCAAAACCAGGCGUCCUCCUCUCCAAAACAAGACCUAGUAGAAGUUUCCCACACUGAGGCUGAGGAAAAGGUGAGGAAAAUUGACCACGACACUGAGAUCAUAGGAGUUAUUGAGACGAGUAAGGACACGAGCGAGAACUUUGACGAUCUGGGCAGUUCAAGUUGGAGCAUGAGGUGGCUACAGAGUGAGAAGGUACAGAAGGUAGUGACGAGUAGUAAGAUGCUGAGUAGAGUGCGUAAGAAGAUCCAGCGGAAGGAGAAGGCCAAGGUAGUCAUGGCAGAGAAGGUGGAGGAGACACAGAAGCCAGCUGAACCAGUUGUCCCAGUGAUAGGAAGCAUUGAGGAGUAUGAGAGGCUCUUUGGCACUAAGGUUAAGAAAGAUGAGGCACCUGUUGCUACUUCAGUUCCAGGGCAGUGCAGGGGAGGCCCAGGUGUCUUGUGGUGCCUCACAAGAUGACAUUCCAGCAUCCAAGCCCAGAGGCAAUCCAGUGUUUGGGUCUGAUGAUGAUGGUGAGGACAGUGAGGAUGAAGCUCUCUGGUCCAAGAUUAUUAAGAAGUAGUAUUUGGUUGCCUGUCUCUUGUGUUGAUUGUUUGUAUGUAUAAUAGAGGUAUUUAUAUAUGUAUGUGUAUGCUUGUGAUGUGUGUAAUAGAUAAAAUUAAUCAUAUAUUGUUACAUAUGUCUGUGACAACCCAACAUAGGGUAUAUGGCUCAGAGAAGACACAACACAAUAAAUGCACAAUAUUCAGUCUUAGCUCCAUUGGUCUGGUGGACAGAGACAGUUUUGUAGCCCACCAUACUGCACUCUACUAAGAAAUUACAUUUAUAUAAAACCCUUGGUAA